AUGUUCCUGGUGGGCCUGUCAGGGGGAAUCGCAUCGGGGAAAAGCACCGUUGUAUCAAUCCUUCGAGAGUUGGGCUGUGCUGUGAUUGAUGCAGAUGUCAUUGCCAGACAGGUGGUCCAGCUGGGGACCCCGGCCUACAAUCAGAUCGUGCACCAUUUUGGAGAAGAAGUUUUGCUAAAAAGUGGAGAGUUGGACCGUGAGAAGCUGGGAACUCUUGUCUUCUCCAGUCCUGAAAAGAGGGCUCUACUUAACUCGAUCACCCACCCCCCCAUACGCAAAGCAAUGCUAAGGCAGACACUGCGGUACUUUUUUCUAGGAUAUCGAUAUGUGAUCCUUGACAUCCCAUUGUUAUUUGAAACGAGGACCCUGAUGCGUUAUAUGAAGCUCGCUGUACUUGUUUACUGUGACCCCCAGACGCAAGUGGAGCGGCUGAUACGGAGGAGUGGCCUGUCAAAGGAGGAGGUCCAGAACCGUCUAGCAGCACAGUUACCAAUUGACAGCAAACUGCCACUUGCUGAUCAUGUUAUCGACAACUCCGGAGACAGAGACAGCACAAGGCGGCAAGUUCUACAACUCCACGCUAAACUGGAGUCAUCCUUAGGCUAUCUACCGACUCGAAUUGCCGCAGUGGCCAUGGCUGCUGGGCUUGUGGCUUUAAUGUGGCACCUUGUUCGGCGAUUAUGGCAGUAG